UAGCCUUCGCCACAUGUCAGAUUUUUUUCUUAUAAACAAAAACAAAUUCGUUAAUUUUGAAGAUAUCCGCCGGCAAAUUCGUAGUUUUGACCCUUCGUCUUCGGAAAUGGCGGCUAUUUCUCCGGCGAAUGCAACCACCGCUGCUUCACUCUCCCUGCCCCAGUUUAGCUCUUCUUCUUCCUCGUCGAUAACGUCUUCUUCGUCUCCGUUUUCGCUUAAUUUCAAAACUGCUAGAGUCGUUAAUCGCUGCGUGAAGUGCGGAGUCAGAAGCUUAGAGAACCAGUCUUCGGGUCACCGGAGCCUCGAUUUCUUAUCUAAUGGAGAUCCUAUCAGCCUAAUUAACCCGAAUUCAUCUUCUUCUUCCAUAUCCAUGGCGGCGGCAGCUUCCGAAUCCGGUGCCAAGUGUUCCAAGCGCGUCUGUCUCUUCCACAGCGACGAGACUAGAGAUCUCGCCGAGAGAAUCGUAUCUCAAUCUGAUUGCAUCGAGCUACGAAGCAUCAAUUGGAAGAAAUUUGAUGAUGGGUUCCCUAAUUUGUUCAUACAAAAUGCUCAAGGCAUUCGUGGGCAGCACGUUGCCUUCUUGGCUUCGUUCAGUUCACCUGCUGUGAUCUUCGAGCAGCUCUCGGUUAUUUAUGCGCUGCCCAAGCUUUUCGUUUCUUCAUUUACACUUGUUCUUCCAUUCUUCCCCACUGGAACUUCUGAGAGAAUGGAAGACGAAGGAGAUGUAGCGACUGCUUUCACUCUAGCUAGGAUUCUCUCAAAUAUACCGGCUUCGAGAGGAGGACCGACUAGCUUAGUUACCUUCGAUAUACAUGCCUUGCAGGAAAGAUUCUACUUUGGUGAUACUAUUCUUCCAUGCUUUGAAAGUGGUAUACCGUUGCUCAAGAGCAGACUCCAGAGUCUACCUGAUUCCGAUAACAUAUCUAUUGCAUUCCCAGAUGAUGGAGCAUGGAAACGUUUCCACAAACAACUCCAACAUUAUCCAACGAUCGUUUGCAACAAAGUAAGAAUGGGAGACAAACGAAUAGUGCGUAUCAAAGAAGGGGACGCUGAAGGAAGGCACGUUGUGAUUGUCGAUGAUUUGGUUCAGUCGGGUGGCACACUAAUCGAAUGCCAGAAAGUCUUGGCUGCACAUGGAGCAGCGAAAAUAAGCGCAUAUGUAACACAUGGGAUCUUCCCCAAGAGUUCAUGGAAACGUUUCAAGCUUGACACCAAAGGUGAUCCUGCGGAAGGUCUGAGCUAUUUCUGGAUCACAGACUCGUGUGGGUUGACUGUGAAAGAGGUGAUGAAUAAACCUCCUUUUGAAGUUCUUAGCCUGGCUGGUUCUAUAGCUUCUGCUCUUCAAGUUUAAGCCGCAAGUAAUUUUUGGAUUUUGGACCAAAGCUGAUUUAUGGGUGUAUAGUCUCGAUCGAAGCAUUUUCCAUUGAAAGAGGUUGUUUGUUUUUCUUCUUAUGUAGAAAAAUCCAAUAAUGUAAUAAUGUAUCAUUUCACUUCUUUUUGUACUUGAUAGACAGAAUAAUUCCUUUGGGAAAAUAAAGCUUGUUUACGUGACAAACAUAAACUUUUUUGUUUACGUGACAAAAAUAAAGCUUGAA